AUGAACGACAAUAUGAGCGAAAAGGAGAUGGCUGGUGAUGGUGGUUCAUAUAAACUGGAUGUAGAAGGGGCAGAGAGUGUGCAGUGGAGAUCCAGAUCGAGCAUCUCGCCAGACAGUGAUGAAGUUCACGCUUGGGAAGUAUCUGAGAGUAAUGAGGAUGUUGGACUUGAGUUUACACCUAAAGUGAAUGGAGAAGAGACGCAGAAGGUUAAUAAUGAGAUUGAAUCUGAAUCAGGGUCGCAGGAGACAGUUGGUAAAGUUUUGCCGCUGCCUGGACGGUUUGCUGAUAACUCUGUUGGCUCUUCAGUGAGAUGUGUUUCAGCACCUAUUUCUGGGUCUACUGAUUCAUCAAAUGAUACUGUAAACCCAAGUUCAGUUAAUAUCCCCUCUCAGAUCAUGAAAAAGCCAUCUAAUCUACAUAUCACAAAUCGACUGGCACAGCUUGAUUCACCAAGUCUGCGAUCUCAGCGAUCAAGCUCAUGGAGCUCGUCAUCCUCACUUUUAUCAAGAAGGUCUUCAAAGAAUGAGCUGACUGACGAUAGUGAAUCUAGUUUUGAUUCUGAUGUGUCAGUACUGUUUUCAGGCUGGGUAGCUAAGAUGACCCAGUUUACAUCUCCUAAUUACGACAUGACCAAGGACUAUGAGUCACCUCCUAAUAUGACCACGAGAGUGUCAGAAUCCAUUGUUUCGGAAGGAAAGUUACAGAUAUAUCAGAUUCUUGGCAAAAAGGCUGCUUUUUUGCAGUGUGGGAAAUUCGUUCACCCGAUCUUACCUCGACUUCGAUUAUGGCGAGUUGAAGAUAAAGUGUUCGUACUGCCGCAACCGAACCCAGGGAAAUUCUGGAGAAUUGAGCUUUUACCGAGUACUAGUAUCACCAAUGAUGAAUCGGAAACCAUAAUGGAGUCUGCGAAUGAUCUGAAUAGUCUGGAACAGGUAUUAGGAGACGCUUGUUUCUAUCGAAAUGUCUAUGAACCAGAGGAGACUAGUGUGGAGGAUGAGGUUGAAAGUGAAGAGGUUGGAGUGGAAGAGCAGAAUGACCGUGAUGGCGAGUCUGUGGUGGCUGGGUCUUUAGUAGAUACGCAAUGUGACGAUAUGCUGAUUGCAGAACCAGAGAAAGAAGAGACAGGUAUUGAGGUCGAUGAGGUAAUGAUACAAGACAAUAGUUUGGAGUCUCGAGUUGAGCCUGAAUUGGAGUUGCUUUCUGAACCAGAGUCUCAACCAAUACUGGAAGAAGGGAUACAUUCUGAAUCAGAACUAGAACCUGAAACACAGGUCGACUCUCAGGCUGAAGACGAGUUCAUAUUACGUCCCAAAACCAACCCAGAAUCUUUCGUAGAAUCGCCAAUGGCACCUCUUACACCCAAAUCAAGUCCACUAGACCUUCCCAAUGAUAUCCAAGGGAUAAUUGAUCUGUCAACAAUCGGUCCGGAAUCGCCAUCUGCCCAUUUCCUUUCAUCACUACAAAGCCCAACGACCCCACCCCUAAGCUCACCAUUCACAACUGGAAUCCAUUACGACCAGACAUCGUCCUCCUCUACCCUGGACGAGAUUCUCGAUGCUUUUGACGAUUCUCCCUAUCAGCACAGUGGUCCCAUUUUCAUGGAGCAGGGUCGAGAUUCUCCUAGUGUGACCAUCAGCAACGACCUAAUAAACAACAAAACAAACGAUCACCAGCAAGAGCACCAAAUAACAGAUCAGGAAACUCCAUUAAAUCCAAUAUACGAAACAGAAGACGCUACUAGCGAUGUAGCCAGUUUUCAAAGUGACGAAGAGCCACCACAUACACAACGACCAACUCCCAUGACAAGCACAUCGUCGAUAUCCACUGUCACAACGAACGAAGUUGAGUUACCAGAGCUGUCAAUUGACCCAGCGACUCGACUGAACAACAAAGAAAACAGCACCCCUGUCCCAUUUAACCCAUCAACACUUCCAUUAGCGUUUCUCAACCACCCAUUUGUGCCCAUGCCACAAUUAACAACAAACAAACAAUUAUCAUCGAGACAGCUUCACACAAGAUUCCAAUCUCCACGGCAGUCUUUACAGUUCAAAUCGUUAGAAGAUGACUGGCUAGAAGUCGAUGUUGCACCUGGUACUCGGCCACCAGUCAACUACCAAGCAUCUCUCAGCAUGCGACCUGGUCUUGGAUAUCUCAACUGGGUAGCUCAAGUUACAGGCGAUCUAGUAUCCUCGUCGUCAAACUACGUCGAAGGAAAAAUUGAAAAGAGACGAGCUAGUUCGAGUUCUCAUCCAACCUCUCGCGACGGGUCGAACCCCAAUUCCAGUACCACUGCCUCUAUCAAUCCGAUAUACAGUCCUGUUCCCAUAAAAGCAGCGAUCCCACCGCUACCAGAAGACGUCAGAACGACUGUCAUCGAUGCCACAAGAUCCGGAAGAAACUCACCCUCUCCCCUACCAUCCAAAAACGCCAUCAGAGACUUGGAUACCCGUCUGGUCCCCCGGUCACAGCUCUCAUCCCCCACUCGAGGCAACACCCCAUCUCCCACCUCUACCUCGAACACAACAGUCUUUGAAAAGACAACAACUGGUCCACAAACUCCUAAUCAAACUCACGACACCAAUAACACCGACCAGGUCGACCCACAACCCGACCUCUACCAACAAGCAGUCAUCGUAUCCGGCUACAUGGGCUGGCAGCUGCUCAACCGAGUCAUCCCACCAUGGGUACGACGCUAA